AUGUCGUCGGCGGACGAGAUCGAGAUCCUUACGGAUGAUGAGCAGGCUGCAGCCACACACAGUAGCGACGAAAUUGAGGCUGAGUGGGAUCCUAACGCACCAGUAGACGUCGAGGAGGACGAAGAAGAGAGCGAUGGUGUUGACAGGGUAGACUUCGACGAGGACGACGAGGAAGCCCAAGAUGGCUCCAUUAUCUCCUUCUUCCAGCCUCGCAGAUCUUCGCGGAGCUCAUCGAAUGGUAAGAAGAAGAAAGACACAGGGAAGAAGCGCAAAGCUCAGCCAUCGGAGCGUACAGAGCGUGCGGAGCGCUGGAAUCGCCGCCGCAAAAUCGCAGACGUGAUGGACGACGAAGAUCUAGACGAAAGUACACGAAGAGCACGCGAGGCUGAAGCCAAACGCGCUAAAAAGAUCGACGCCAUCUUAGGAAACUUCUCUAACCUAUCAGAGGACCAGCUAGCGGUCCCAGACGAGCAGCAAGAGGACUUGCUGUGUCUAAACCCGUUGUCAACAGACGGUACGCCGCCUACAGGUGAAGAAGGAACAGAAGACGCACCGAUCUUCGUGUACAAGGACCUUGUCGACAAGCUUAAACCUCACCAGGUUAUUGGCGCCAAGUUUUUAUGGAGCCAUGUUGCACAAGAACCUGUAGGUUUCGGCUGUGUCUUGGCAGAUUUUAUGGGUCUAGGUAAGACUUUACAGGUAAUCACAACGGUACAGGCUUUUCUGUCCAAGAAGACGCUGAAUGGGGACGGCAGACUUGAGCAAAGACACAAGCAUGUGCUCAUCUUGGCUCCGACGAUUUGCGUCCGUAACUGGGAAGCUGAGGUGGUGAAAUGGCUCGGUAAGAAGGAGUCUCGACGACUCGGACUCUUCACAUUAGAGUCUAGUCGUGAAAAGAAGAUGUCGGAUCGGGUGAAUGUCGUCAAACUGUGGCACAAACGGGGUGGACUCUUGAUUACAGGCUAUGAGUUGUAUCGUCUGCUUGUGUUACAGUCUAGUGGCGAAGAGAAGAUCGCUCCAGGUAACCAGAAGUACUCACACAUGAUCAAACAGGCAUACAAGUGUCUGUGUGACCCAGGACCAGAUCUGAUGGUGCUGGAUGAAGGCCAUCGAGUCCGUAAUCACAAGUCCAAACUGGUCAAGGCAUUGGCUCAUGUCAAGACCACACGACGCAUCAUUCUGACUGGCUAUCCACUCCAAAAUCACUUGGAAGAGUACUGGACGAUGGUCAACUUUGCAAGACCGGACUAUCUAGGUUCACUGGACGAGUUCAAGAACAGAUUCGUGGCUCCGAUCAAGAAUGGCCAGUGUAUUGAUAGCUCUGACGCAGACUUGAAGCUGGCGAGACAACGAGCAUUUGUGUUGACUCGAGAGUUGAAGCCUUUGGUUCUGCGUCGAGAUCAGCAGUAUCUGUUCAAACAGCUACCUCCCAAGAAGGAAUACGUGUUGAUGUGCAAGCUUACAGACGCCCAAGCACAGCUAUACAGAGACUUCCUGAAGUAUGGCGUCCCUACUCGUGGUAAUUCCGACAGGUUGGAUGUGCUGGGUGGCUAUCACAUUGCGCUGGCUAUCUCGAAUCACCCAGAUGUCAUUAGUGAGACAUAUAAACGUCUGGAAGAAGAAGAACGCAGUGGAAACAGCAAGAAAUCAAGUCGACGAGGUGUAUCGGAUAUCUUCGGUGUGGAGGACGGCGGCGAUGACUUCGAUUCCUACGACGACGUACCAACAUCUAGACAAGUGCGCCGAGCCAGUCCGUCUCCACCGACUCGUGGUCCUCCUGUGGUUGAUGACGACGACGACGAUGAUGAUGGAGACGAAGCGAACCUGUUGAGUAUGCUAGAUGCUCCGAGUGCUGCCUCAACGCCGAAACCACCGAAGACAUCGGACGCAGGAUGGCAUCGCUUGAAGUUUGCCAAGAAUUUUAUGGAGAAGUACGUCCCGCAUCAACUCGAAGCCAGUGGCAAGAUGAUGAUCCUCAUGGAGCUGCUCUCAGCGUGUCAAGACGUCGGGGACCGCGUGAUUAUUUUCUCUCAGAGUAUCCCGACAUUAGAUACGAUCGGACUGAUGAUCUCCAAGCACAACAAGUACCAGCGUCGUCACUCCAAACGGCUCAACUACUUGCGUAUAGAUGGCAGCACGUCUCAACAAGACAGAUUCCGUCAGAUCGCGCAGUUUAACGACUUGGAAGAAGAUAUCGACCUGAUUAUGAUCUCAACAAAAGCGGGAGGAGAGGGAAUCAACCUGUGUGCUGGCAACCGGAUCAUUAUCUUCGAUGUGUGCUGGAAUCCUUGCAACGACUCGCAGUCCAUGUGUCGAUCAUAUCGCUUUGGACAAACAAAGCCGGUGUUUGUGUACCGAUUCGUGACUAUGGGGACCAUGGAGAAGAAGGUAUACGACCUGCAGAUCCGUAAAGAGGGCGUUGCGAAACGUAUCGUGGAUGAGAAGACCACGGAGCGUAAAUUCAUGACCUCGGAGCUUCAGAAGUAUUUCAGCAUCGACGACUUCGAGGAAUCCCUGCUUCAUGCUCAAGGCAAGGCAGCAGAUGCCGAAGAGCUGGCUAUCCAAGCGAUUCCUCACGAAGACUCUGUUCUCGAGAGUAUCUUGACUGACAUGCGAGAUCGAUCCACUACUGCCGUUGCGAACGAAAAUGGAGACAUUACUGCGGCCGGUAUGCUCACGGACAGAAGAUGUAUCAUUGAUUGGUUCGAGCAAGAAACCAUGUUUGAAGAAGACCUGGACCAGCAGUGUUCUCCUGCCGAACAGAAGGAGAUUCUUGAGACGCACAUGUACUUUAAGGCCGUGCGGACUUUACGCAGAGGAGGGACACAUCUCAUUAGUCGCGACGGUAUGUUGAUGAAGCAUUGCGACAAUUGUCGUGCGCCCAACGAGAUUUACCCGUCCUCAACGACCAAAGUACCAGUGCCCACGAGGAUUGAAUGCACGUAUUGCAGACGGCCCACAUCGACCACUGGAGCGGUCCCUCCGUCCGAGCUACAAGUACCUUCGUUUAUGAACCGUAUGCCUGGCGUUGCCAUGCCUGCGGUAGGCGUAAUCCCGUCGACGACGGUAGUGCCAGGUCGACCACCUGUUGCCCCAGGAGCUCAGACGAGUCGGGUCUUGCCUCCCAACUUACAGGCAAUUUUCGACCAGCAACAAGGAAACAGUAAGCUGACUGAGAAUGAGAAACUGGAGCUGCUUAUUCGUCAUCGAGUGGAGCAAGAGCGACUCAAAGCGGAUCAACAGCGAAAACAAGCGGAAGCACAAGCAAAAUUGCGCAUGCAGGAGCGCAUGAAUAUGAAGCUAAAGGAACGACAUCUGCUUGUGCUACGACGAGGGAUUAAAGGCUGUCAAGAUCUGAAGCGGAAGGCGGAAGAGUGUGGAGCGACGCUGGCGAUUGAGGUAAAUCCUCAACUAACGGAUAUUGUGAGUGGAGUGAGUAUUGCCGAAACACUCAAGUGGUUGAAGCUGAACAAGCUACCAGGAGAUGUGGACAUGCAUGACGAUAUCUGGCUACGUAACGAGAUUGCCAAGGAGAAAGGGCUGCCGUUAAUACCGACUAAAUCUACCGCAGCAAUGCCACAGCCUGCACCUGAAAUUGAGUCGAAGGUCCCAAUCCCUUCUACGCCACUUCCAACGACGACAACAAAAGACCAGAGUCCACAGACAACGGUGGAUAGCAAUAGCGAUUUCAUUGAACUGUUGGACUCAGAUGACGAGGAUGCGGCCAAACCAGCCACAAUCGAGCAAACACCAGGAACCAACGGUGUCGUGAGUCAAACUGCCGUGCCUGACGAAGCAGAUGUGAUCGAGAUUUUGUAG